AUGAAUAACAAAUAAUUCAAUAAGAAAAGAAUACAUGAAGUUGAUUAUGCACAAAAAGUAUUGAAUACAAUCAAACCUGAUAUUCAAAAUAUCAAACUAAAUCAAAAUUUGUUUCAUGCUCAACAAGUAGCUAGACAUUCAUCAACUCUUAUUAAGAAUAUUCAAAAAGAUGUUAAAUCAACUCUUAGAAAAUAUGAUUCAUAAUUAAAACUUAGUUAAUCAAACAGAAAUUAUACAAUGAGUGAUUCAGCAAGAAAAUAUUCAAGUGAAAUACCUCGAAAAACAUAAUUGUCAACUGAAAAAGAAUUAGAAUCGUUAAAACAAUAAUAAAAAAUAUUGAUGACCCUUUUGAAUAAUCUAUAAUAAUAAGAAAAGCUUAUAGUUAUUUAACAUCAGUCUUCUGAAGAAUAAUAAAAAUAACAAUGUAUUGAUAAAUAAUGGUAUUAAUAAAAAGAAAAGUAAUUAUAAGAAAUAAAACAAAAAUAAUAUUAAAUAGGCUAAGCAUAAAAAAAGAAAAUGUAGGAAACUGAUAUUAUUUAAUUAGACAUAAGUAGACUUAAAAGAUCUACUCAUAAUAAGUCUAAUUCUUCUUAAAAUUUUUUCAGUCCAAUCAAUAAAGAUAAAAUAAAUUAAGACAUUCCUAUUCUUAAGAUGAAUAAAAGUCAUUCAAAAUUUCAUCAAAAUAACUUGGAAUCUCCAAAAAAAUGGGAAUAAUAUGGAAUGAUAAAUAAAAAAAAUAAUUCAAAAAAUUAAUAAAGAAUUGAAACACACUAAUAUAUUAAUAAAGAUUAUUCAUAGUAAAACAGAAAAUAGAAAAUAGAAUUAUAAAUUAGGUCUGGUAACUUAAAUUCAAGAGAUAGUCAUUAGAGCAAAUAGUUAUCAGAUGAUUUAACAUACUUAAUCAAUGAUUUGAAUGAAUUUAACAAUAAAUCUAAAAGAUUUUCUAUUAAAGAAUGA